AUGUCUAAACGGAGGCUAGCGGCUGCCAAUCAGACACAGAAGAUAGAUUACCACGGCAACGACCCCUUGCCAUCUUCCUCAGUUUCCACACCCAGCCCGGUUCCCGCGCAGAGCCAUCUAUCGGAGAAGGAUGACGUGUCAGCCAAAAAGCGUCAGCGACCACAGAACAACUCUGCAAAGCCUUCAAGAAAGGGAAAGAAGACACGUCGAGGACCCCAGCUGUCCUUGAUAGAUAUACCCCCAUGGUCAAUGGACGCAGUACUCCGUUUGGGAAGUGCUCCUUCGGAAGGCAGGCCUGACCCACAAGGACAAGAUGUCCCGCUCGUCUGGAAGCAAGUCGAGCACGGACUUGGACAGACUCUGGAAGGGGAGGCGUCCGUUCGAGCAGCUGCGAUGGCUGGUGAGGCUGAAUUCUGGCGUUUGAAAGCAGAGGCUCUUCAUAUCACCCUAAUUCACUUUUACUCGCUCUCACAGUCCAACCGCUCGCAGCUGGCGAGGAAGGAAUGGAUCCAAAUUGAGUAG